AUGCCUCGUUUAGAUUAUACGAUUACGAUUAGCAUCAAUGACCCAGCUACACUCGCAAUUCUGAAUGAUGCACCAUACAAACUCCGUGUCGGAAAACCUCCUGCGCGUGGGACAAAAAAUUUCGAACCAGCAGAGAAUACAAUCAAAUGGGAUUUCAAGCCAGGGGAUGAGAACGGAUCAGACAAAGCGUUGGCCGAGAACACGAUCGUAACAUUGGCCCUCACUGCUGGUAAGGGCUGGGUGUACUCGAUCGGUUAUAAAUUGCCAGGCAAUACAAAGGAGUCAGAAUUGCUUGAAGAGCGCGAUAUCAGCCUUGGGCAGAUCUACAGUGUUCCCAACGCCGGCGAAGCAGCGCAGUCAAAGGCUAAAUCCGAUGACGAUGAGUUCGUGACGGAUAAUGUCUUUGGUGUUACGAACAAGAAAACUGUAGCGUUCACUCUUCUGCAAAGGGCAGAUGGAGCGGAUUUGUCGUCAACUGACAAAACAGUAAUUCACCAGACUCAAACAUGGUUCCCAGGGUUUGGUACACUCCCAGCUCCUGCUGAUGAUGGGGCUCGACACGAGGCAACGGGUCUUGAGGUCAAGCUGGGAGAGGUUGCUGAACUCACACUCUUUAUUCAUUCUGAUGGUACUCUUAAGGACGAAGUAGAGAAGAAGGUCGAAGUAAAGACGAUCAAUACGACAGUCCCAGACAAUAAAGGCUAG